UCGCAGUCGCCUGUGCGUUGUGUCUCAAAGUAUUAAUGAUUAAUAUUAUUAUUGUUUAAUAACUAAUAACCGCUCAUAGAAAAGCGAAAGUGAGUACGUAGUAGGUAAUAGACUUAAAUUGGUUGAAAAAAGUCAAAAAAGUGAUUUGAGUUGAUUCGAAAUUGUGUGUGCCAUGAACUGUGCAUAUUUUGUUCAUGUUUUUUCCUGUUGUGAUAUAAAUAACACUAUUUUCUUUGGAUGAAUCGGUUUUGGUCUUUUUGAGAGCUGUGAGGUAAGGCGGGGCAGGCGCGGCUCACUCCGCGAUUUCGUCGCUUUGCUACAGGCUGAUGAAAAUGCUGAAUCAAAUUUUAAGGAGUUUGGCAUUAUUUUUGGCUAUAUCUUCGGCCACGGCGUCUCUCCACCAGCUCUUUCCCGCAGAAGACCACGAAUAUCAGUACGAGCUGAAGACUAACGUGUCUUCCGGACCCCUCACUCCUCAGGAGUGCUCCUUCUGGACCCUGGAGGCGCGGCUGCUGGUCACGGUGUAUGAUAAUUACACCAGGGUCAGAUAUAAGCUGGAAGGGCUGAAGACGUCAGUGUACAGUAAGAAUCAGGGCUAUUCCUCAUACCAGUCUGCAGAGGCAGCGAGGCAGCUUGGACAACCCUGGGAUGUCGAUUACCUGAACAAUGGAAUCAUCAGCAGCGUCUACGUCAGUCCGGAACCUAUUUGGUCUCAUAAUAUGAAAAGGGCUCUGGCACUCAAUUUUCAACUCACCAACGACUCAUAUAAAGAGCCUUGCCUCUACGAAACCUGUGUAGCGGUAUACAUCAAUCAGGGACGCACCAUCCGCAAAUACACUAACUCGCAGCUGCUUGGCGCCUCAGCUGAGCGCUCAUGGAGCUCCGUCAACGUCGUAGGCAACCCUGAAUACGAUGACCUAGUCGGUGUGCCAGACGCCGUCGCUACGGCAGAGAGAGUAUACCAGUUCAACGAUGCUGGUCUAGAGAGCUUGGAGAUGAAAGGCACUUCCGAGUAUAAAGUGCAGGAGCAUAUUCUGUCAGUCGCUUCAGAAUUGUCUUUGAACUUCGUGUCAAAACAGAAGAGGCAACAGAUGGACAAGCUGAACGUGACGCGGACGACCGUCCAGUAUGUGUCGCAAGGCUUCAGUGACCCUUCUGCUGGUAUCAAUAACCUGACUCAGCAUGAUUUAAGACACAAAGCUUAUCAGAUACUUCUGAAGAUAGCGAGGAAAGGCAUAGACGCAAACAAUAUAGUGAGAAAUGCCACGCUGAUACACAGCCUAGACUUUAUUGAUUUGCUAAAUACCAUGACUCAGCUGGAAUACGCGUCGCUGAGCAAGCUGUUCGACGACAUGGUGCUAGGCACCAGCUACGACGUCGAAACGUCGAGGAACAUCUUCCUGGAGGUGCUGCCGCAGGUGCGCACGCAUGCGUGCGCGCUGCUUGUCAAGUAUCUCGUCACGGAGCAGAAGGAGAAAAUCGAGGACGCCACAAUCCUCUCCCUCAUCAGAAAGCUACCCUUCAACGUGGCCAACUACUCGAGCAGUCUCCUCGAAGACCUGGAGGUGUUCACCAAGCUUGGCCUGGACUCCUCCAGGGAGAUCCGCCACGCCGCCAUCUUGAGCUUCGCGACGCUCGCGCACAAAACUAGGAGAGCACUCGACCACGAGAAACAAGAUCUGUUCGAUAAUAUUGUGGUGAAGUACUUCAGGAUGUAUAGCGAUUGUCCACAAUACAUCGACCGUAUGGUGUGGCUCCAAGGCCUCUGCAACCUCGGCUAUUCAGCAGACUCAUACACUAGAACCGUGUACAUGGCCAAGAAGAGCAAUAGACACGAACGGUUAUGGGCGGCGUUAGCUGACGGCAGCUCGCGGCCGCCGCCGGCGUAUGGAUAUGGUCGCAAUGUCAAUGAUUAUUCGGUACUACAAUCGUCUCUACCAAUAAUAAUGGACGACACUGAACACAUACAACUGCGAAUAGCGGCGUUACACGCUCUACUCCGCUCCGACAUACGCGCAAGCGAUUUCUUAUACAUACACAACUACAUUAAGAAUUCGAAUAAUAAUCAGUUGAAGCGUUUCUGGUAUACUACAGUGAAGAGUCUGCAGAAAUGUAAGCUGUACAACGAAUAUAAGGCGGCGUCAUACUAUGUGCCGUUCGUGGCGAGUCAGGUCUCGAACCCGGACUCCACGUACUGGGCGACUAACAACUACAUAGUCAGCACUAACGACGAGGUGGCUGCCGCUUUACAGUUCAUGAGCGUUGGAGAGCCUACCAACGCGUUGCCAGCAUUCGCGGCUGUCAAACUGUCAACUGGCGGGCGGCGGCCGCACCAUAUAGCGGUGUACGUAAUAGCAGAAGGUGUAACGACGAAUAUGUUCAAAAAAAUCCACACGAUCAACGAAAAGGAACUCAAGAUUGAGAAUCUGGUGGAGGUUCUGAGGUCCUUUAAAGUGCCGUCAACGCCGUCAGAGGAGGUCCACAUUGACAUAGUAAUCAAGAUCCACGACAAGACUGUAUACGCGUCGCACGUCAACCAAUCACGGUUCGAUACCUGGAACGGAGAGGAAAUAACGAGAUCAAUAGAAGACUUCCUACGCUUCGGCAGCCAUAUAAAUCAGCAGAUAGUCUACUAUCCCUUUCAAAUGGACGUCAGUAUACCCACAGAACUAGGUACUCCUAUUCGUCUGCAGUCAACAAUAAUGUCGUUUACUUCGAUCAGAGGCAACCUGACGGCACCUUCUUCCCAAGACCUAACGUGGAGGAACGAUUUACACAUAAGAUACCAAGCAACAGCAGUAAGCGCCAUUAGAACGAAUGGGCCACUUCUGUCAUCAGAGCACGAAGCGUUACUGCAGAGAUCCUUAGUGGCCCAUCUCCCUAUCCGCUGUGAUGUCACCGUCUCACCCGUCAACAAGUCAUUCCAAUUAAAAUGGCCGAAUCCCGGCGGGCAGUAUGGCGGCGUGGCGAUGCACUCAAGACUGCAAGUCAUCAUGACGUCCAAGAAUGGUAGAGACGCAUACACCGUUACGGAACAGAAUAAUGAACAAAAGGUGGACGAAUCAGGGGUGUUUUUCGACUGCGAGCGACCGACGACGGGGGCGGAGGUUAUGGAGAAGCUAUUUGCAACUAAAGCCAACAGUUUUGAUUUCCUAGCAACACUCCAACCCUCCCUAAUCCUCCUAAACGGCCUGGUCCUCAUAACCACCCCCCCUUCCGGCUCCUGCGGCGCGCUCCUCCCCCCACGGCCGCUGAGACCUGGAGCCUCGGUGCUGGAACUGGGGCUGGAGCUGCAACAGCUGGAGGUAGACUUCGAUGACCGCGUCAAGGUCAAAGUGCAGCACGCCUUGGAGUUCAAAGAAGACAAGCCGAAUGGCGAGGUGUACCUAGAUGUCGCUGGUUACACUCAACUAGAAAGCGUCGGCAGCAAUGUGACCGUGGAUUUCUUGGUAGCUGCUCGGCGGCCGCAAGCUGCUGACAGUGAGAAGAACUGGAAGAUCUGCGUCCACCUCCACGACAUCUCCCACGUCACUCCAGACCAGGACCUGUCAUCGACUCCAACGGCCUACGAAGGUCACAUGCUGGUGACCUUCAACAACGACGUGGCCUUGACCUGCCCGGCCGGUUCUGGAGGGCAUCUGAGGAUGGACUAUGCGGGGAGGUCGGUGGACGCGGGAGGGAGACUGGAGAGAUACUUGAAGGUCACGGUGACUGGAGAUAAGUUGCCUAAGCUCAGUGCGCCAGAUUUGAGCACAGAAACUGGGCAGCUACUGGGCAGUCUCCAUCGGCAGCCCUUGAACCUGACAGCUGUCGUCACGGAGAAAAACGGCUUGGCGUUUGUAACAUUGAACAAUGGAGCUGAGAUGCAGUUCCCAUCACAUAACUUCGCCUGGCUGCUGGACAGCUGGACCAACAUGCAGGUUAUGAAGAAGCUGGGCAUCUACCGUGAAUGCCGGCUGGAAGAGUCCAUCGUCGGCACAUUGACGGGUGAAAAAGACCCGCUGCCUUCAGCCGCCUGCUACGAGAUUCUAGUGCUCGCUGACUGCACUAGCGCUCCCAGAUACGCCAUCUUCCACCAACGUCACAACACCAUAGACAGCUACCGUCUGUACACCGGUGGUAACUAUGUCACCGUCGCCAGCAGCGGCGGCGACAUUAAUGUCACCAUCAAUGAUGACACGGCCUGCGCGGCUGACUGCCGGUACCCUCCGCAGGAGCCUUUCUAUGACUUCAAAGUAACUCGUCUCGGCGACACAGUGAAGAUACUCUCCCGGCUCAGUGGAGUCCAGCUUCACUACAAGUACAGCGAGACUGUAGUUCUCGUGCCAAGUCUGGCGCUCUCCACCAGUUGUGGAGUGUGUAGUGGGCAGCGGUAUUACACUCAAUGUUAAAACAACGCAUAAAUACAUAAAAUGUACUGUAAAUUUAUCGAGACCUUAGUUCUCGUGCAGAUUGUCACGCUCUCCACCAGCUGCGGAGUGUGUAGUGGGCAGCGGUAUUACACUCAAUGUUAAAACAACGCAUAAACACAUAAAAUGUACUGUAAAUUUAUCGAGACCUUAUUUCUCGUGCAGAUUGUCACGCUCUCCACCAGCUGCGGAGUGUGUAGUGGGCAGCGGUAUUACACUCAAUGUUAAAACAACGCAUAAACACAUAAAAUAUACUGUAAAUUUAUCGAGACUUUAGUUCUUGUGCAGAUUGUCAAGCUCUCCACCAAUUGCGGAGUGUGCGAAGGACAGCGCUACUAUACUGAGUGUUAACACCGCGCUAUAUAUAAGUUGUAAUAAAAUUACAACCAGAACUCAGUUCUCGUGCCAAGUCUCGCGCCAUUCAUCAGUUCCGGAGUAUGUGGUGGGCAGCGGUAUUACAUUGAGUGUUAAAAGAAUGCAUAAAUACAUAAAAUAUACUAUAAAAUCAACGAGACUGUAGUUCUCGUACCAAGUCUGGCGCUCUCCACCAGCUGCGGAGUGUGCGGUGGGCAGCGGUACGAGUAUUAUAUUAAUGAGUGUUAAAACAACGCUUAAACACAUAAAAUAUACUAUAAAAUUAUCGAGACCUUGAUUGUCGUGCAGUCUCACACUUUCCACCAAUUGCGGGGUGUGCGGGGGAAAGCAGUGCUAAACUUAGUGUUGUUUAUAUACCUAAACAAUUAAACAUAUAGAUACAGACUAUAGAUGUAGGGGCAGUGGCUCUUUCUAAGCUUUACAACUUUCGCGAGACUUUAGUGCUCGUGCCAAGUCUUGCGUUCUCUACCACUACGCAUAACUAUUGUAGUAUAAUAUACGAAUUUAUCUCUGAUUUGUAAUGUCACUCACGGUAAAUUCUAAUUAUUUCUCACUCGCACUAAUUAAUAAUUAUGUAUUAAGAAGGUACAUAUUGUAUCAA